AUGGAUCUAUUUCUUAAAUUACCAGUUGAAUUAUGGGUCCUAAUCAUCAAAUAUAUAAAUGAUAAAUCAAAAAUUGAGGAAUUAAUAUCAAUCCCAGUUUUACAAAAUUAUGCUUUACAAGCAAGGUUUUCCAAGUAUCAACUUUUCGCUUUACACGCAAGGGUUUUCAAGUAUCAACCUGCUGAUUUUAUGCAAAUACUCGCUGAUGGCUCAUUAAAAGAUCUAGAAGAACUAUAUGAAUUAUACAAUUUCAAACCUUCGAGAAUAGUCAUAGAAGCAAAUAAAAUGAAUGAGUUAUUAGAAUUAAAAGAAGAACCCGUGGACUCACAAAAUGAAUCUUCAGUUGAAAUUAGAAAUAUGAAUCAAUACCGUCAUGCUGAAUUUGAACUUUUAAUUACAAAUAGCAUGCAUGUGGACUUGGAACUAAUUUUAAAAGACUUUAAUGUGGUGGGGGUUCAUUUGUUUAAAGAUACAUUGUUUAAAGAUACUCCAUUGGAAGUAACGCUUGAAGAGUUAAAAGCAUUCCAGAUUUAUUUGCAAAGGAUUCAAUAUAGUAAAAUAAACAUUUUGACAACAAUUUAUCACAAUUUUUUUGUGGCUAAAUUUCCUACAUCUUUAAGAAAAUUAACAUUAAAUAUUUAUGGUGAUGAGAAUGUUGAUGUAAAUUUGAGAGAUUUACAAUGUCUUGAAUAUUUCGAAUGUAAAUUUAUGUCAGGGGUGGAAUCGUUGGAUGCUCUUCAAUUAUCUAGCACGAUCAAAUUCAUUAAGUUUAGCUUCUGUGGCUUUAAAACCUUGGGAAACUUGAGAAAAUACAAUUGUUUGCGAACCAUUGAAAUUUUUUGUUGUUGGAAUUUAUAUAAUAUUAUCAAAUGCUUUUUUCCUAAUUCAUUAGAAACUUUAAUAUUAAAUCCUUCUUACCAUCAAUCCGAUAUCACUAAAUUGCAUGAUUUUGUUAAAGAAGGAAUAAACAAAGAAUUUGAAAUAUCAGAUUUCACAAGCGAAGGGAAUUCUUUUCUUCUUGGAUCCAAUUUUAAACUUCCCUUGAAUACAAAAACUUUGAAGAUUGAUGGAGAAUCAUAUGGAGAAUCCAAUAGUAUUGAGUUGGGGGGUAACCUUUGCUUGAAAACCCUUCACACUUUGGAGCUUUGUGAAAUUCAAAACCUUGAUCUAAUCGAUCUUUUUGCAUCAUUACCAGAACACAUGAUAGACCUCAAAAUUAUUGCUUGUGAAAUAUUAAAAGUCGAUAAGUGUUUAAAUCAUCCUUACGUCCAGCAAUUUUGUUUCUCAUACAACACAGUGUCAAAUAUUUUUCAAAUAAAUUUAAAGGAACUGACAAAUUUAAAUCAUUUUGAGAUCGGAUGGAACGCUUUGGCUGCACCUGACAAUAAAGAGGAAAAGCUCGAUCCCGCAUGGUUUUUAAUAAAUGAGCAUAAUGUUUUUGAAGGAGCCAGCGGACACCCAAAUAAAAAGAGGAAAGUAUUUGAAAUGACUAAUACAUUGCAAAUCAAUAACUUUGAUAUUACACAUUUGGAUUUGAGUAAAUCCCAUUCUAGAAUUUUUGACAUUUCGGUAGUCAACAACUCGAAUAGCAGAAUUCAACUUCCUUCACAAAUUUGUAUUAAAAGCUGCACAAGAUUAAAGGUUUUAAUAUUGAAAGGGUUGAGUAUUCAAGUGAUAGAUUUGAACAAUUUUCCUUGUUCUUUAGAAGCACUAACAAUCACAGGAUUAAAGUUGAUACAAUUGAAAGGUGAGUUCAGUAAUUUAAAUCAAUUAAGGUAUUUGAAUUUUGGUGAUAAUGGAAUUAGUUACUCAAUGUUGACCGCCCAAAAGUUUCCAUCGACUUUGGAAGAAUUAGCUUUAUCCGGAUACAAGGUUGAACAUUUAUCUUGUCUAAAAAUAGAUAAUUGUAUCAACAUGAAAACCUUACAAUUGAUAAAAGUAGAUGAACUGCAGAAACUUAAUGGUGCAGAUGAAUUAAAAGAGUUGUUCAUCAAAUUAGUUGGUAUUGGGCAAUCUAGCCGUGCUCUUGUUAGAGCGUAUGAAACCGAGUUCGUGAUAUGGGUCACUUAUGGGAGGAAAAAUUUAGACGACUUCUCUUGGAUUCACAACUAA